ACCCGGAUAUGCUUGAAGUGGGUAAUGGAGGGAUGACUAAAGAGGAGUACAUAGUCCAUUUCAGCAUAUGGGCAAUCUCAAAGGCUCCUCUUCUACUUGGUUGUGACAUAAGAAACAUGACCAAAGAAACAAUGGAGAUUGUUGCAAACAAGGAAGUCAUUGCUAUUAAUCAAGAUCCACACGGUGUUCAGGCCAAGAAGGUUAGAAUGGAAGGCGAUAUCGAGGUUUGGGCAGGACCAUUGUCAGGUUACAGAGUAGCUUUGCUUCUGUUGAACCGUGGACCAUCGCGAACUUCGAUUACUGCUCUUUGGGAUGAUAUUGACAUCCCUGCAAACAGCAUCGUUCAAGCCAGAGAUCUAUGGGAGCACAAGACAUUGAAGCAAAAGUUUGUAGGGAACUUGACAGCAACAGUGGAUUCUCAUGCGUGUAAGCUGUAUGUUCUCAAACCUGUUGCGUGAAAUAUGUAUAUUUAUAUAAAGAGAGUUAGUGUGGCUAUGUUGUAUUCUCCGAUUAUUCUGUAGAAACAAUAAGGGUUCGUCUCAAAUUGUGUUUCCACAGAUGUUCUCCAAUAAAGUGUUCUGUUUGCUCAAAGUGCUAAAAA